CUCCAUCUCCAUGUCAACAUGUCGCGCCAUAUUUCAGAAUUUCAAAAUUUUCUCCAAACCCGUUAUGGGUUUAAUGAAUUACACCAAUCAAAGCGUUCCAUCUUACAAAUUUUUACUCCAAAAUCACAUAAGAAACCGAAGAUUAGACCUUGCUCGCAAGCUUUUUGAUGAAAUCCCAUCACCUAGUACUCAUUUAUGCACUAUAAUGAUCACUGGUUACACUCAAAACAAUAGACUUGAUGAUGCAUUGACCCUUUUUGACAAAAUGAGCUUUAGAGACAUGAUUUCUUGGAACACAAUGGUUAAAGGGUGUUUAGAUUGUGGCGAUUUAGCUAUGGCUACAAAGAUGUUCGAUAAAAUGCGUGAUAGAAGUGUUGUUUCUUGGACAACCAUGAUUAAUGGGUAUUUACAGUUUGGACAUGUUGAUAAGGCUGAGAGGUUGUUUUAUGAGAUGCCUGUAAGAGAUGUGGCGGCAUCGAAUUCGAUGAUUCAUGGGUAUUGUUGUAAUGGUAGAGUUGAGGAUGCUUUAAGGUUGUUUGAGGAGACUCCUUGUAGGAAUGUGAUUUCGUGGACUUCGAUGAUUAGUGGGCUUGAUAGCAAUGGGAGGCAUGAUGAGUCUUUGUUUCUUUUUAAGAAGAUGGUGGGUUCUGGUAUUGUUCCCACUUCAAACACAUUUGCUUGUAUUUUGACGGCUUGUGCUAAUGUGUUGGAUGUAUGUUUAGGGGUGCAGGUUCAUGGUAAUGUUAUUAAGAUUGGGUUUUGUUUUGAUGAGUUUAUAUGUGCUUCGCUUAUUAUGUUGUAUGCAAACUGCAAGCAAAUAGAGGAUGCUUACAACAUUUUUAAUGAAAAAUUGCAUAUGAAUGUGGUGGUAUGGACAGCUCUUUUGACGGGGAGUGGUUUCAAUGGUAAGCAUGAGAAAGCAUUGACGAUUUUUUCUGACAUGAUUAUCAUGGGCAUACUUCCAAAUCAAACUACAUUCACUAGUGUCUUGAAUUCAUGUUGGAAACUAGAGGCUAUUGACCGGGGUAAAGAGAUCCACAUGUUGGCAAUAAAACUAGGUUUGGAAAAUGAUGUCUUUGUGGGUAAUUCUCUUACCGUCAUGUAUUGUGAAUGUGGAAAUGUAAAUGAUGCUGUGGCUGUAUUUACGAAAAUUGGUGAGAAGAAUAUUGUCUCUUGGAACUCAAUGAUUGUUGGAAGUGCAAAACAUGGAUGUGGUCAGUUGACUUUAACACUCUUUAAACAAAUGAUAUGUGCAGGGGUAGAUGCAGAUGAAAUUACAUUCACUGGCUUGCUUUCUGCUUGCAGCCGUUCUGGGAUGUUACAGAAGGGGAAAUCCUUUUUUGAGUAUUUUAGUAGAUAUAAAUCCAACAAGAUGAGGCCUCAGCACUAUGUUUGUAUGGUAGAUAUCUUGGGCAGAUUUGGGAAAUUAGAAGAAGCAGAGGAGUUAAUUAGGAAUAUGCCUAUGGAAGCAAAUUCUUCGAUAUGGCUAGCUUUACUUAGUGCUUGUAGGAUGCAUUCCAAUUUGGAAAUGGCUGAAAGAGCUGCAAAAUGCAUUCUUGAUCUAGAGCCUCACUGCAGUGCCGCUUAUGUUUUAUUGUGCAAUAUUUAUGCUUCAGCUGGUAAAUGGAGUGACGUCUCACAAUUCAGGCUGAAGAUGAAACAAGAGGGUAUCGUAAAACAACCAGGAUGCAGUUGGGUAAACUUAAAGGGAGUGAGGCAUGAGUUUCUUUCUGGUGAUAGGUCACACCCUCUCAGUGAAAAAAUAUAUCAAAAGCUGGACUGGUUAGGAGGAAAGUUAAAGGAAUUUGGCUAUACUCCGGACAAAAGGUUUUCUCUGCAUGAUGUUGAGAAUGAACAGAAGGAAGAGAUGUUGUCUUACCAUAGUGAAAGGCUUGCUAUUGCAUUUGCAUUGGUAAGUACUGUGGAGUGUAGUACUAUAACAGUGAUGAAAAAUCUUCGUGUAUGUGGGGAUUGCCAUUCUGCGAUUAAGCUUAUAGCAAAGAUCGCAGGACGUGAGAUUGUCCUAAGAGAUUCUAGCCGUUUUCACCACUUUAGAAAUGGCACUUGUUCUUGUGGGGAUUAUUGGUAGCACUAACAGGAGCAGACAAUGUUUGCUGGCAUAUAUAGAUCAAAGUGGAGAAAAAACUGCUAAAGUUGAAAAAAGAGAUUUCUGGUUCUAUAUAUAUAGAUCAAAGAGAACCAUUUUUUCACAUUCCUAGUUUGGACUAGUAAAAAAAUUAGGGAGGGAGACUAAAUUCUCGAAGGUAAAUUCAGUGUCAACUAAAGGGCUUUCUCAUUCCCUCUGUGUAUCUCAAGAGGGCUAUUCACUUUCUACAAUAACAGUUUAUCAUCUGAAACUUUCAAUAGUAACAUUCUUAUUUUGUGUUUUCCUUACAUGUAUUUCUCUAUGAGUAAUGCUUACAUAUAAGAAAUGUUAUAUUUCAAAGAGCCAUUGUCCUGUAUUACAAUGGAUGACAAGAAACUAAAGCAUGCUUUUAAGCACCGUUUCGCCACUCUAUCGACCAU